GCCUGGGUCGGCCGCUGCAAGCGCUGAUUCUGAUGGCGGCGGCGGCGCAGGGUCUGAUGGUCUUUGAGGAUGUGGUCGUGUACUUCUCCCGCGAAGAGUGGGAGCUCUUGGACGCAGCCCAGAGGGCCUUAUACCGCCAUGUGAUGCUGGAAAACUUUGCACUCGUGGCUUCAUUGGGACUCUCUGCCUCCCGACCUCGUAUAGUCAUCCAGCUCGAACGUGGUGAGGAGCCCUGGGUUCUCAGUGGGCCGGAUGUGACCCUGGCCAGGAGUGCCCAGAGGAGGCCCAGCCCUGGUUCCCAACAUCUGGCAGAGGGCAGAGAUGUUUCUGGGGAAGCAGCAUGGCCAAGGACCUUCCAGGGAAGGCCUCCUCCGUUGCCUAGUAGGGUCCUCCCCCCAACUGCCACCUGUGAACCUGGAAAACGCCUGGAGGGUCAGUGGGGCACUUCCUCAUCUCAGGAGAGAAAACCCACAGGGGUCUCUGUGAUCUACUGGGAAAGGCUCUUGCUAGGCCCAGGCAGUGAUGAGGACAGUGUCAGCUUGCGGCUGACCUCCCCGCUAAGGGCUCCAAGGGGCAGCCCCUCCACGGAAAAAGCUCUCACAGACCUCUUGGAGCCAGGCAAGCAGCCAAGGGCAUCCAAACGGCAGGAGCCAUUGGUGCGGAAGCCCUCUGAGAGGACCUUCCCGAGCAUCCCAGACCUUGAGGCCGGUCACACUGUGGGGGAACUAGGAAUGGAGGGGUCUUGGCACAAGCCUCAGAGAGUCCCCGCCGGCCAGGAGCCCCCAACCUGGGAUGAGCUGGGUGAGGCCCUCCAUGCUGGCCCGGGCCUCCUUCCUGGGGAGAAAACCUUCGAAUGCAGGGCAUGUAGCAAAGUCUUUGUGAAGAGCUCGGACCUCCUCAAGCACCUGCGCACCCACACCGGGGAGCGGCCCUACGAAUGCGCACAGUGCGGCAAGGCCUUCAGCCAGACAUCGCACCUGACACAGCACCAGCGCAUCCACAGCGGCGAGACACCCUACGCAUGCCUGGCCUGUGGCAAGGCCUUCCGGCACAGCUCCUCACUGGUGCGGCACCAGCGCAUCCACACCGCGGAGAAGGCCUUUCGCUGCGGCGAGUGCGGCAAGGCCUUCAGCCACGGUUCCAACCUCAGCCAGCACCGCAAGAUCCACGCAGGGGGGCGGCCCUAUGCUUGUGCGAGGUGUGGCCGCCGCUUCUGCCGCAACUCGCAUCUGAUCCAGCAUGAGCGCACGCACACGGGUGAGAAGCCGUAUGCCUGCACACUCUGCGGGGCCGCCUUCAGCCAGGGCUCCUCGCUCUUCAAGCACCAGCGUGUGCACACCGGCGAGAAGCCCUUCACCUGCCCCCAGUGUGGCCGGGCCUUCAGUCACAGCUCCAACCUCACACAGCACCAGCUGCUUCACACUGGCGAGCGGCCCUUCCGCUGUGGGGACUGCGGCAAGGCCUUCGCCAAAGGCGCCGUGCUGCUCAGCCACCGGCGCAUCCACACAGGCGAAAAGCCUUUUGUGUGCUCUCAGUGUGGCCGCGCCUUCCGCGAGCGCCCGGCCCUGUUCCACCACCAGAGAAUCCACACUGGUGAGAAGCCUGUGCGGAGGCCCAGGACCCUGGCGGGUCCACGCCCCCUGGCCAGGCCUCCUUCGGGGGCAUCAUCAGAGGGUGCUCCAGGGACCCAGCCCCUUCCUACCUCAGGCUCAGCUGCUGUGUCCCAGCCAGCUGAGGCCUGAGGUCUCACCUCUGCCCUUUCCAACAUGGAGCCCCUUCCACGGCCAAAAGGCCAGGUCCUUUGUAAAUCCACUGUGGAGAAGACUUGUGCG